AUGCUGCGCUUCCUGGUGUUCGCUGCCCUGGUCCUUUAUGGACACAGCACCCAGGACUUUCCGGAAACCAAUGCCCGGGUAGUUGGAGGGACUGAGGCCCAGAAGAAUUCCUGGCCUUCUCAGAUUUCUCUCCAGUACCUGUCCGGAAGUUCCUGGUAUCACACCUGUGGAGGGACCCUCAUCAAACAAAACUGGGUGAUGACAGCGGCUCACUGCGUGGACUCCCAGAUGACCUUCCGUGUAGUGGUCGGAGAGCACAACCUGAACCAGAACGACGGCACCGAGCAGUACGUGAGGGUGCAGAAGAUCGUGGUGCAUCCGAACUGGAACAGCAAUAACGUGGCUGCCGGCUAUGACAUCGCCCUGCUGCGCCUGGCCCAGAGCGUUACCCUCAAUGGCUACGUCCAGCUGGGUGUUCUGCCCCAGGCGGGAACCAUCCUGGCUAACAACAGUCCCUGCUACAUCACAGGCUGGGGCAGGACCAAGACCAACGGACAGCUGUCCCAGACCCUGCAGCAGGCUUACCUGCCCUCCGUGAACUAUGCCACUUGCUCCAGCUCUUCCUACUGGGGCUCUACUGUGAAGAACACCAUGGUGUGUGCGGGUGGAGAUGGAGUUCGCUCUGGAUGCCAGGGUGAUUCUGGAGGCCCCCUCCAUUGUUUGGUGAAUGGCCAGUAUGCUGUCCAUGGAGUGACCAGCUUUGUGUCCAGCCAGGGCUGUAAUGUCUCCAGGAAGCCCACAGUCUUCACCCGGGUCUCUGCUUACAUCUCUUGGAUAAAUAAUGCCAUUGCCUCCAACUGAACAUUUUCCUGAGUCCAGCAGCCUUCCCAAGAUGGUUCUUAGGUCUGCAAAUAGACUUGAGACCAACAAGGAAAAAGCACUCUAAGAGAGUAUUGAGUCAGAUAUAAAAAAACAAAUAAAACUGAAUAUACAUU